ACUGACAGCGGGGCCAGGCAGGUGGAGAGGAGGGGAGGGGAGGCCACGCACGCGUUUCGAAUUCAUUCGAACCCAACCAACGGUCGUCUCCUGCUUUCUUUCCUUUUCUCGCUUCGCCCGCCCUGCUAAUCUCUCUCUCUCUCUCUCUCUCUCUCUCUCUCUCUCUCUCUCUCUCUCUAACCCUCUAACCCUCCGCCGAUCGCGAUCCAUUCCUCCGCCGCUUUCGCUUUCCCUCCGCCUCAAAUUCGAACCAACCCCUCACCGCGGGCCGCCGUCACGGGGGAUUCCUUAUCAGUCGUCACGCCACCACGCGCGGCAUCCCUCUCCCUCCCGCUCCACGGAUUCCUUGGAUUCACCGGCUCGCCGCACGAUGGAAAAGGAGGAGAGGAGCGGCAGCCGGGACCGGGACCGCGUGGGUGCGUGCUCUGCCAGGAAGACAGUGAAGUUGUCCGAGACACGCCACUUCAUCCCCUACGGCGGCGCCAGCGAGGCAGGGGGCUCCUCAGACUCCGUGGAAGCAUCGGCGGUGGUGAUGCCAAAGGCGGCGGAUCAGGCGCUCGACCCCGCCAGCAGCGCGGCCUCGUCGUCAUCCGGCGUCCCGUGCGAGGGGACGCUGCAGGACACGCCGGACUACAUCCGGAGGAGCGCCGCGCGCCACAGGAUCGCGGCCGUCGAGCUCUUCUCCGUCUCCGUGCCCUCGCCACCGCCGGCGACAGCAGAAGGCAGCGUCGGUGAGGUGGCUGGUGAGGAAGGCGGCGUGGUGGAUCCAAACGGGCAAGAAAGGCUGCACGCACAAGAGGGCAAAUCCGAUUGUUGUGGCCAGCUGAAGCAGGAUUACGGUUUGCUUCUGCGGGAGAAGGAAGAGUGUAGGAGGCUUCUGGAGGACCUGAUGAGGGAGAACGAGCUCAAGACCCGGGAGUGCCGUGAAGCCCAGGAGUCGCUCCAUGAUCUGCAGAUGGAGCUGAUGAGGAAGUCAAUGCACGUUGGCUCGUUAGCCUCUGCAGUUGAAGGGCAAGUGAAGGAGAAGAGUCGAUUGUGUCAAUUACUGAAAGAAUUGAGUGAGAAAUUUAAGGUAUUGAAGUCACAGCACCAGAAUUUACGACAAGAAUCAUUAGAAUACAAAAAUUGUGUAUUGGAUGCUACACAAAUGUCCGCAGCAAUUCAGCAAUAUGUGAAUCAAUAUGCAACUUUAGAACGUGAGUUUAAAGACCUCAAAGAAAAGUUGAGUGAGGAGGCAAAGGAACGCAAAGAUCUGUACAACAAGCUUAUAGAGCUAAAGGGUAAUAUAAGAGUGUUUUGCCGGUGCCGGCCACUAAAUGCAGAAGAAAUAGCAGAAGGAGCUUCCACAGCAAUUGAUUUUGAGUCGGCAAAAGAUGGAGAGCUCAUUGUUAGAGGUCAUGUAUCUUCCAAAAAAAUAUUCAAAUUUGAUUCUGUCUUCAGCACUGAAGAUGACCAAGAAAAAGUGUUUGAGAAAACUGCACCAUUUGCAACUUCGGUGUUGGAUGGAUUCAAUGUUUGCAUCUUCGCUUAUGGACAGACCGGCACUGGUAAAACAUUUACGAUGGAAGGGAUUGAAGGUGCUCGAGGGGUUAACUACAGAACUUUAGAGGAACUCUUUCGAAUAAUCAAAGAAAGAGAGGGCAUUUUCCAAUAUGAGGUUACCGUCAGUGUUUUGGAGGUGUACAACGAGCAGAUUCAUGACUUGCUCCUGACAGGGUCUCAACCAGGCGCAACAACAAAAAGGCUAGAAGUGAGACAAGUUGCAGAAGGGGUUCAUCAUGUGCCCGGACUUGUUGAAGCACGGGUAACUAACAUGAAUGAGGCUUGGGAGGUCCUGCAAACAGGAAGCAAAGCCAGAGUUGUUGGUUCCACAAAUGCUAACGAGCACAGCAGUCGAUCACACUGUAUACACUGUGUGAUGGUCAAAGGAGAAAACUUGAUGAAUGGAGAAUGCACAAAGAGCAAAUUAUGGCUAAUUGACCUAGCCGGGAGUGAGCGGGUAGCAAAGACGGAUGCACAAGGAGAAAGGCUGAAAGAAGCGCAGAAUAUUAACAAAUCACUUUCUGCGCUUGGUGACGUCAUAUCUGCUCUUGCAACGAAGACACAACAUAUACCCUUCAGGAAUUCAAAGCUUACCCACUUGCUGCAAGACUCACUAAGUGGGGACUCCAAGACUUUGAUGUUUGUUCAAAUCAGCCCUAAUGAGAGUGACGUGGGUGAAACUCUUUGCUCGUUGAACUUCGCGAGCAGAGUGAGAGGAAUUGAGCUUGGACAAGCAAGGAAGCAAGUUGAUGUCGGAGAACUAUCAAGAUAUAAGCUUAUGGUUGGGAGAGCCAAACAGGAUAACAAGAACAAAGAUGCUCAGAUUAAGAGCAUGGAAGAAACAAUCCAAUCACUUGAAGCGAAGAACAAGGCCAAAGACCUGCUCACUGUGAAUCUCCAAGAAAAGAUCAAAGAGUUGGAAUCUCAGCUGCUAGUUGAAAGAAAGAUAGCACGGCAGCAUGUUGAUAACAAAAUCGCCCAAGAUCAUCUGCAGAAGCAGCACGGCAUGAAAGAAGGGAACUCGUACCUGAGGAGCCCAAUGGCAGAGAGGAGCCUCAAUUCCACAGCAGAGAAACCAGCGGCACCAAAAGACUUCGGGAUAGCAAAGCAGAUGUUUUCUGACAGCAACACAGACACUUACAGCUUCAAGCUGCUUAUGUCUCUAGGGGAGGAGAAGGAGAACAGCCCUGAAGCCUCGCAGCUGCUGCUGCCGACAAAAGCAAGACGCGUCUCCAUGUGCAACGGUGGAGCUUACCAGCAGUCGGUGAACCCGGCUUCCCGUCGGACCUCACUGAUACCUCUUCCACGGCGCAAUUCGCUGAUGCCACUGCCCACAGCCAAGCCUGCAGCAGCAGCAGCAGCACUACCACCCCUUGACAAGAUCACAGAGCACUCCUCACCACCGCUGUGCUCUCCUCCGGUUGUCUCCAACGACAAGGGCAGCCGGAGCAAGAGGAUCAACAGCAUCCUGCGGCGAAGCCUGCAGAAGAAAGUGGUCAUCAGGCCGCCAAUAGGGGCACAGACAGGUAGGAAAGCCGGUGCCGCUGCGGCUGCCCAGGGGAUUGACACCGCGCGCAGGAUGGCACGGCGAGCGCCGGUGAGUGGCACCCCUGGGCAGAGGGUGCUGCAGAACAGGGACAAGGAGAGGGGGUGGAACAACGGGACAAGCCUCAGGCACAACUUCUGAAGAAGAGACCGCAUCAGGUCUGCUCUCUGCUGUGAGAGAAGUCUGUAGAUUGGUAGCAAGUUUAGGUGUUUAUAGGUUUGCGUGUGUUGAGUUCUCGCGUAUUGUGAGAGAACUCCGAAUUUCUUA